AUGAUAUACAAAUUUGAAGCAAUUAUUGAAAUUUCGCCCAUCCAGCUGUUUAAGCUGCUACAUUAUCUUCAUCAUUUAAGCAUAUCUUUGGAAAGGAUGAAGUUGAUUUGUUUAAUUCCAUAAGUUAUAGCCUAAGACACUUACAUUAGAAUGACAAGAGAUGUAUGUUAUAAACUUGAGGUUCCUAAAAGUGGAUGCCUUCUUUCUCAAUUUUUAUGA